AAAUUGCCUACCAAGUAUCUCCAUUUACCAUAAAAGAAAUUAUAGAAUUUUCAUCAAACAUUGAAGAUUCAAAUUCUAUAGAUCGUCUUCGUCCUCCUCUAUUAACUGAAAUUGGGAAUUAUGAAACA